GGGGGCACGAGCGAGACGAAGGGUUGCCGCGGCAACUGUAACCUAACGUAACGUCCGUUCAUUUAAAACCCAACAGGUGGCUUGUCGUCCCGUCGAGGUAAUAACAGAGACGUAGCUAGCUAAUGUUGGAGAGAAAUGUUCGUUAUUUGUAAUUAAACACAGACGGCUCACUUAGAAUAAGCAGGACCCUCUUUUAUAGAAAGAAGAUGGAUUUUGAGACGACGGAGACUGUACGCUCGACACCAAGUCGCCACGAGAAAAGUUUGGGGCUCCUCACAAUGAAGUUUGUCAGUCUGCUUCAAGAAGCGAAGGAUGGCGUCCUUGAUUUGAAAGUGGCUGCAGACAGCUUGGCAGUGAAACAGAAGAGGAGGAUUUACGACAUCACCAACGUACUGGAAGGAGUGGGGUUAAUUGAGAAGAAAAACAAGAACAUAAUCCAGUGGAGGGGAGAGAACUCUGGCAGCCAAACUCAGGAGGUGCUGGAGCAUGUGAAGGUUUUGAAGGCCCAAAUCUCUGAGCUUGAGGCCCAGGAGAAAGAGCUGGACAACCAGAAGACAUGGCUAGAGGAGAACAUCAAACACCUUAACUACCAUCCCAUCACCAGCACUUAUAAAUUUGUCACACAUGAAGACAUCUGCAAUGCCUUCAAAGGGGACACUCUGCUUGCUGUCGUGGCUCCGGCUGGGACUCAGCUGGAGGUUCCGCUACCUGAAAUGGGCCAGAGUGGUCAGAAGUACCAGGUGAACAUACGCAGCCACUUGGCUCCCAUCCAGGUCAUGCUUAUCAACAGGGAUUCAGACUCCACAAUACCUGUGGUCUUCUCUGUGCCGCCCACUGAUGACAUCUGUCCAAUGCCAACUCCACCCAGCACCCCCGCCAGCCUGCAGAGGUUCCCUCUCUCCACGUCCGUGUACUCCAACACUACCUCCUCUUACUGCAGCCAGGACUCUGUGGAAUCAGACCACCAGAUGGUGCUGCCAGAACAUGAAGUGCUGACACCAUCAUCCACCCCUCCUGAUGUGCAGAUGGAGUGUCACAGUCAGUCAGCAGCAGUGUUGGAGCAGCAGCAGAUGGACCUGGCAGGCCCAGAGUUCCAGUCUGUACUGGACGUGAGCAGCCUGCUGAAGCUCAACGCUGCUGGAUACCACAUGAAGGACGACAGAGAGGGAGCUGUUGACCCGAUUGAUGAGCUAAUGUCCAGUGAUGGAAUAGGCUAUAGCUUCAACUUGGACGACAAUGAGGGAGUGUGUGAUCUGUUCGAUGUGCAGAUUCUCAAUUACUGAUGGCUGACAGCACCUCUACAAUCUAUUUUUUUUCUAAGGACGCUUCAAAGAUGCUUUUUCCCUUUGUUUUGGUUACAAUUGCAUGGCUGAUACUUAAACGUACUAUUGUCAACUUGAAAAACAACAACCUUUACACACAUUUAGACUUCACCGCUGUGUGCCUACAACUUCAGUUGUGCCCAGUUGCCGCCAGCCAACACAAAACAAAGUGCCUGGAUAUCUACAACAUUCCAGAGAAAUGAGUUCCCUUUAGUGGAAGAAAGCCAGGUCAAAUCCUUCAGCCUCCUACUGCACUUUUGCAUGGAUCUGUUUUUUGUAUUAUUCCACAUUCAGUGGAAACCCUGAGACUUGACAACUGCUUUACUUUCUGUUUAUGAACAGUUGGGAUUGUGAGAGUGUUUGCCUUUAGUUGAUAUUCACAGUACUGACUUCUUUCUAACAUUUGAUACAGGGUUGAUGAUUUAGUUGUAUGCAAGUAAGUAACUUUAUGUACAUGGAAAGCAUAUUGUGUGAAAACCUAUCCACUUCCAUAGAUAUAUUUGAUAAAAUGGCAUAUUGUAUUUAAUGAGUGAAUGUUUUGGUUAUGUUUUGUAACCUUGUUCUCAUGUGAAAAUGCCAUAAAGAUUUAUUUUCUAAAUUAUUGUGACACUGCCAUUUUAGGCCUCUAAUUUUUUUUAAGUGUUUUGUAUAAUUAGUCUUAUAUUUGAAUAACAGUUUUUAUUUAAUUUAACCAAAUAUUAUUCUUGGUUGUAGUUUGUUGAAAGUGAAGCUGGUUGACGGCCUAAUUGUGAUAAGAAGUGAAUGAGCCAGAUUUCUGAUGUAAAAUAUCAGAUGUUAAGGGGCAGUUUUCUUUUGAUUACAAGAAGUAAUGUUAUUUGAGACAUUUUAUUUGCACAUUUUUGAAAGUUUUCAAUAAAUGGAUUUAAUCUCAAUUUACAAACCACCUCA